AAAACGUUUAUAAACGUGUAACGUAACUUCGCCAAUAUUGCUAGAACCGACAUGAAAUUUAGAUUAAACUUUUUUGAAAUAUUAUGCAUUUAAGACAAAAAAAAUUAUAUAUAUAUAUAUAUAAACCUUAUUCCACUAUAACUGAUAUGAUAUGCCAGAUAUGCAUAUCUGGUUUUCAACUGCGGCUAACUUCAUCAUAUUUUCAGUUAACAGCUGAUUGGCUAAAUUUUUGUUAGAAACGUUUAAGGCAAUUUGUGUUGAUUUAGAUAAUAUUUGUAAUUUGAUGAUAUAAAACAACCAACUGCACUUUCCUUUUUACGGCGCACAGACGUCCAUAUAAAAGAUUUCGGGUUUUAGUCAAUAAUAAUGCAAAAUGAGUGAGAAUUCGGAAGAAAUGCCGGAAACAUCUAUUGAGAAUGCCGAGUUGAGUGAAACAUCAGAAAAUAUUCCCUCAACAACAUCUGCAACGCCAACAUCAACUUUACCGCACGAAGAAAUAGUUUCAUCUACCUCAAAAGAACUAAUUGAAGAAGCUUCCACACCGCGCGAGCAAGAACAAAACACUUCCGAAAGUAUAAAUGCAGAGAAAUCUGAGGGAGAAAAUGUAAAAAGUGCGACAAGUUCUUCAGAAGUGGAUAGUGUCCCCGAAAUCCUACUAAACGCGAGCACAGUUGAAGGUGCGAAAAUUAGCAACGAAAAGGGUGAAAGUUCAAAACUAAGGGAAGCAGAUAAAAAGACGCAACCAACCUCUUCGGCACUUUCUACUGAAGCACAGUUAGACGACAAUUACGCACAGCAUGUGACGUAUGAAGAAGAUGGCAGCGCCAUCUAUACGGAUCCCAAUACGAAUUACCGCUACAAAUGGUGUACAACCGAAAAUAAUUGGUUGCCUUGUGAUGCCGACAAAGCUGACAGUACUGCAACAGCCACCGAAAAUCCCUAUGAGAAUGAGCAUUAUAAAUGGUGCAGUCAAACGCAAAAGUGGAUCCCGAAAGUGCAGCAACAAACAACCGAAACGGAUCAUUACAAAUGGGAUGCGGUGAAAAAGGAGUGGAUACCAAAAGCGGCCGCCGCACAAACAACAGACAGCAAACCGAAUGCCAACAACACUGAUCCCGCGAAUGUGACCUAUGACAUCGACGAGGACGGCCAACGUAUUUACACCGAUAAAGAUGGCACGGUAUUCUUUUGGGAUGAGAGCAAGAACGCCUGGUUUCCGAAGAUCGAUGAUGACUUUAUGGCGCACUAUCAGAUGAAUUACGGUUUUAUAGAUAAUACUAGUGCCUCGGAGGAGGAGGCCAGACGUAAAGCAGAGGAAGAGCAAAAGCAGAAGGAACUCGAGUUGCAACGCAUGACCGAGGAGGCAAAGGUGGCUGCUGCAGCCGCGGCGGCGGCAAAUGCAAAUGGCGAGGGUGCAUCUGCUAUAAAACGGAAAGCGCAGGAGCCGCCAAAGUGGUUUGAGGUGGAUCCCGAGCAGAACACAAAAGUUUAUGUUUCAAAUUUACCUUUGGACAUUACUAUGGAUGAGUUCGCCGAACUGAUGGGCAAAUGCGGCAUGAUUAUGCGCGAUCCACAAACGCAAAAGUAUAAACUGAAACUGUAUGCGGAGUCCGAUGGUCAACUAAAAGGCGAUGGCUUGUGUGAUUAUAUGAAAGUGGAGUCUGUAGGCUUGGCUUUAAAUAUUUUGGAUGAGUAUAAUCUUCGAGGUCAAAAAAUACGCGUGCAACGUGCCAAAUUUCAGAUGCGUGGCGAAUAUAAUCCAGCUUUAAAGCCGAAACGUAAAAAGAAGGACAAGGAGAAGUUGCAGAAAAUGAAAGAAAAACUUUUCGACUGGCGUCCCGAAAAAAUGCGCGGUGAGCGCUCGAAAAAUGAGAAGGUGGUUAUCAUUAAAAAUCUUUUCGAUCCAAUUAUUUUCGAAAAAGAAGUGCAGCUGAUAUUGGACUAUCAGAAUGAGUUACGUGAGGAGUGCAGCAAAUGUGGCACAGUCCGGAAGGUGGUCAUAUAUGAUCGUCAUCCCGAAGGCGUCGCACAAGUAAAUAUGGCCGACCCCGAAGAAGCUGAUGUUGUAAUACAAAUGAUGCACGGUCGUUUCUUUGGACAGCGUAAGCUGAGCGCAGAGCACUGGGAUGGCAAAACCAAAUACAAAAUUGUCGAAACCGAGGCGGAGGUGCAAAAACGACUAAGCCAUUGGGAUCAGUAUCUAACGCGUGAGGAAAAUGAGGAGAGGGACGCCAUCCAUAAAGCACUGAAUGAGUCGACGGUGGCUGCUGCAACGCCUUCAAACGCGGAGGAAACGGAAACGGAAGCGCAGCAGAAGGAGUUGGAAAGUAGUGCUGCAGAAACACCAGAAGUGUGUUAAACAUGUUGGAGCAUGAACAACUCUGCAGGCAGCGCAUACACGCUCUGGGCAGGUCCAUAAAAGAACGAGGAAUUGUAAUUGUUGUAAUGUCAAAUUUUGGCUAUACAAUAUUUGAAAUAAAACACCUGAGUAUUUAACGAUUUGAAUAA